GGCAUCGGCCGGCGCCGGAAGUGGUCGUGGUGGGGAGGGGGGGAGAGCCGAGCGCUCGGCCGGGCGCUUCAGUUGGCUGGAGUCGGGCGCCGCGCUAAGGCGCUGCUGCGCUCCCCGGCGAGAGAGAGAGCGAGACAGAGAGAGGAGAGAGAGCGAGAGAGCGAGCGAGAGCGAACCCGGCCCCGGGUCUCCCAGCCGCUCGGCCGCCAUGGACUUCAGGGAGAUUCUCCUGAUCGCUUCCAAGGGGCAGGGGGUCAACAACGUGCCGAAACGGUACAGUUUGGCGGUGGGUCCUCCCAAAAAAGACCCUAAAGUUAAGGGUGUUCAAUCAGCAGCUGUACAAGCUUUUCUCAAGCGAAAAGAAGAGGAGCUCAGAAGAAAAGCCUUAGAGGAGAAAAGGAGAAAAGAAGAACUAGUGAAAAAGCGAAUUGAGUUGAAACAUGACAAGAAAGCGAGAGCUAUGGCUAAGAGGACAAAGGAUAAUUUCCAUGGUUACAAUGGGAUUCCUGUGGAGGAAAAGUCAAAGAAGAGACAAACAAUAGAAAGCCAUCCUAGCCAGGGGACAGAUCAAGAGUAUGAAAUGGAAGAAGCAGAUGAAUUCUUCGAAUACAGUCAGGCAGAAUCUGAACAGGAAUAUGAAGAAGAACAAGAACCUCCCAAAGUUGAAAACAAACCAAAGGUCCCCUUUAAAAGUGCCCCGCCACUCAUGAACUUCACAGACCUCCUCAGGCUGGCUGAGAAAAAGCAACACGAGCCAGUGGAGAUCAAGGUCGUGAAGAAAAUAGAAGAGCGGCCCAUGACAGCAGAAGAACUUAGGGAACGAGAAUUCCUAGAACGAAAGCAGAGGAAAAAGAAACCUGAGACAGAUGCAAGACUACCUCCAACCAAGAAGGCCCCCUCGCAGAGAGAAGGUGUGAGCACAAAGCUUAGCAGAGGUUCUGGGGACAAGCACCCUUCUUCCAAGGGUGGACCCCUUCCUCCUGCUGAGAAGAAACCCAGACUCAGCACAGUCCAUGAAAAACCUUCAUCCAGAUCUAUUUCAGGAGAGAGGACCAAAGUAAGUUCUGGCAGUUGUUCCCAACGUUUACUUCAAGAAGGCCAUGACAGAACUGUUUUCAACGGGGCCGGGAAGCCCCAUUCUAGCACCAAUUCACCAUGUGUCCCAAAGAUGUCUGCUAAAGGGACUCAGAAAUCUGCUACUGAGCACAAAGCCAAAAAACUUCCACCCCAACCUAUACAUUCCCGACCUGCGUCCAUGGUUACGCCACCCAGUAAGACUAAGAGUCCAGGUGUCAGGCAACCAGGCAGUGGCUCCAGUUUGGUCCCUGGGCGGCCCAGCACAGGAACGGGUCGGCCCAUCACUAAUUCUGGCUCCAUACCCAAGCGCCAGAAUGGCAGCUCUAGUUCAGGUCCUGAGCGACCAGUCAUUGGGACCAAGAGGCCAGCCAGUGACUUCAGUCCCUCUGGACGGACAGUCAGGCCUACACCUGGCCCUGGACGACCUGCAGGCAGCUCAAGUGGCCCUGGGCGGCCUGUCACUGGCUCAGGUAGUUCUGGGAAGUGUAUGGGCAGUUCUGGAGGCCCUGGGCGACCCAUGAAUAGUCCACAUGAUCUUCGGCGACCAGUGAGUGGUGCAGCCGGCCCUGGGCGGUCUGUCAGUGGCCCUGGGCGGUCAGUCAGUGGCUUAGUUACAGGUGGACGGACUGUCGGCGUUUCAGGCCCUGGAAGACCAAUGAGCAGCUCGGGACCUGGGCGAACACUUAGUAAAUCAGGUCCUACCCCGAAGCCCAAGUGCACUGUUGUUUCAGAAACAAUUUCUUCUAAGAAUAUAAUUAGCCGCUCCAGCAAUGGACAGAUGAAUGGAAUGAAGCCAUCACUUGCAGGCUAUAGAUCUGCCCAAGGUCCUCAAAGACUGCCCUUCCCUAGUGGUUACAGAAGGCAGCGAGAUUAUGAAGAGGAUGAGGAGGAGGAGGAAUAUGACUCUGAAAUGGAAGAUUUUAUCGAAGAUGAAGGAGAACCUCAGGAAGACAUAUCCAAGCACAUUCGAGAAAUCUUUGGCUAUGACCGGAAAAAGUACAAAGAUGAAAGUGAUUAUGCCUUACGUUACAUGGAAAGUAGUUGGAAAGAGCAGCAGAAGGAAGAAGCAAAGAGUUUAAGACUUGGUAUGCAAGAGGAUUUAGAGGAAAUGAGACGUGAAGAAGAAGAAAUGAAGCGCCGAAAGGCCAAGAAGCUGAAGAAGCGUUAGAGACUUUAUUUUAUGAAAUUGUAGAGAUACUCUGCUGCAAAGAAGUCCUGCCUCCAGACUGAAGAAGCCCCUUUAUCAUUUUAGGUUUAUUCUUCAGUACUCAAGGACACAUACUGUUAUUUGCAGGCUAUCAUUUGAGCAUAAAGUAUUUUCAAGUACUUUGCAGGGUGAAAUAUGUAAGACAGAUGACAGAAUGCCCAGUGAAUGCUCUUAUGAAGUCAAUUGUUCGCAGAUGCCAGUAAUACCGGCAGGCAGUCACUCAGUGGGGCCACUCACCAGUUAAUCAAUCUUUUGUUCUUUUGCUUCUUUUAAAAGGAAAGAAAAUAGAAGAUUCCCCAUGACUUCCAUAAUUCUGCUGAUGGUAUGAGCAGGGUACUUCCCAGCUCCCAAAUUAAUUUUUUUCUUACGAGUAAUAGGCCCUUCCAUGAAUGUAGGCAGUAAUAAAGUGACCUGUUCUAAUCUGUGGACUGGAAACUUGGAAAUAUAGGCUUUAUAAUUAUAUGGACGUCAUGUCUGACUUUGAAGGAAAAAAAAAUGUAGAAUAAAUUAUAUUGUAUUCUGCGUUCCUCAUGGAUUGGAUGCUGAGCAUUCUUACUAAUUUUAGGUAAUUAAGCAAUUAAGGAUAAUUGUUCCAUGUUAAAAUACAAGUUAUGUCAUUUACUAGAAGAAUAUUCUUUUCCAAGUUUUCCUUUCAGAUUAUCCAUUUUCUGUUGUGUUGACUUUGUGUAAAAUGGACAAGGUCACUGUGCUGAUUUUUAUCUAAAAAAUCAUUUUUAUAUUGAAGGAAGAAUAUUUUAUUCAAACAUUAGAUUUGGAAGAGUACUUGUUUAAAAAGUGACAUGUGAGACUCCCCUCCUUCCCGUUCCCCUUCUCCAUUAUAAAGAUAUUUUGGAAUAUAAAGUGUCCCUGUACCUCUUGCUGUUAAUGACUUUGCAUCUUAAAUUCCUUAACAAUUAAUGGCAAAAACCAAAAACUAAAUUAAUGCAUAUCAAGAGCACCAUCUUCUCUUUUUGCCCAUAUUGCACUUUUAUUUCAAACUAUGCACUGUGAAGAGAUUUUUCUCCCAGGUAGAAAAGAAGGUUCCCCAUUCUGAUGUACUCGGCUGUGGGUCUUUCUUAAUUCUUACCUUUAAAUCUAUUGGCUUGGUAUUUCUUAAGCCGCAAGGCCAAACAAUUCAAUCAGACUGACCCCUAGAUCUGGCUGGGGAGAAGUCUCAAAGGCAACAGAAAAUGAGACAUGACGCUAGAGAGUAUUUGUCCUUGAUUUUAUAUAUAUAUAUAUGGAGGGUUGGGAACAGUGGAAAAAUAAGCUUAUCAAUUCCACAUUAAACAUUGUGGAUAUUAAGCCAUUGGUCAGUGGGGAGUAGGCAGUAGGAGAGGUUUUCCUACAAAGAAUCCUAAACUCUUUAACACAUCCAAAAGUUUUGUAUGUUCCUUUUUACCCAGUUUUAUUUAUUCCUGUUUGGUAUAAAUUAGUUUCUUUUUAGUGGGAUUACCCAGAGUGGAUCAUUUUGAAUUUUAUUUCAAACUUUGUAUGUGCAGGGGUUUAAUUCUGAAGUUGAAUCCUGUAUGAAAGGGGUCUUCCAUCACUGGGAAGAGUACCCUAAUGCUUCAGAAAACUGUUACAUUGGUGGCAAAAUAUCUUACUCCUCUCAUCUCAAAUUAUCUUCACUGUAAUUGAUUUUAAGAGCAGUGUCAUGUACUGUGAAGGUUUGGAACUAUUCCCUUUGCCAUCACUUACGUGUUUAUUUUUCUUCUCCCAGAUUUUUUUUUUCUUGGAGGUGGUUUUCUUUCCACUGCUUAGACUCUUAAUUACAAUCAAGUGCUUGACACAGCUGAAAGAUUUCUGGUGACUUAAAAUUUUUUAGCACUUUACUCAAUGCAGUUGUUUGUACAGAAAAGCACCCUUGUGCUAAAAUCCCAGACCUUGGUAGGAAGAGUCAGGAUGUGUCCUUAAUUCUCUCACUUCUGAGUGCAUUUCUUUUAUAAUAGAGGUGUUGGUUUUUAUCUUCUUCAUCAUCAACAUUAUGAACUGGUAUUUCUGAUGCUCACUUUAGAAAGUUUGGAGUCUUUUAAUCUUGGCCUUGUUUCUGAAUCCUGUCUUCCACCUUGUCCUGCAAUUCCUGACGACUCUUACUAAAAGCUCAUAAACUUUUCAAGAAACUGAACUAGAAUCUUUUAUCAAGGUUUACAAAUUAAGUGCUUAAUUUUUUAAUGUAUCCUCUUGAUUUUCAGAUUUUAUUAAUUCGAUAUUUGAAAAAUGUGCCUUUUAUUAGGGUAAUAUUAAUUCAGGAAUGUAGUAAUGUUAUUUCAUGAUUGUAAUGUUACAUGAUCAUGGUUGCACCUUUCUCCUAACAGAUGAUGUAAAAGGAAAGUAGUUUUCAUAAAACUCAUGGCUCUGAUUGCACUGUCCCACUUACUUUUGGUGUUACUGUGUCAAAGCAAGGGGCUUUUAAGGCUACUUUCAGAAUGUGUCUUUGUAUUUUCUCUAAAAAGUAAAUGCAAUAUGUCCACUUGGAGGCCAGGGUACCACAUGUCACGGGCAACCUUACAUGUGUGCCAUGAGAAGAUUCAAAGACUUAACAAAAAGAAAGUCUGUGGGAACUUGGAAUUCCAUUUUUUUUAAAAAAUGUAAUGCCCAAGAUUUUCUCCAAGAAAUUAAUUACUGUUUUGUAUGUUAUAACUUAAAAGCAGCUAUUAGUACAUUUCUGAGAUACAGCAGAAGACCAAAACAUGUUUGGAAAGAGAAUAAAUAUAUGGAGAAACUGGUUGUUUUAUUUUCAGUGUGCCGAAUAUGUUAGACUACUAUUUAUUUUGUGAGUGGAUGUGAUGAAAUAAAUAUUCAGGUGUUUAGUGUA